AUGGCGUCAACACCAACUCUCACAACGCCGCUAUGCAAGCUACUGGGAAUCAAGUACCCUAUCAUGCUCGCUGGCAUGGCGAGAACUUCAGGUGGACCAUUAGCAGCAGCAGUAUCGAAUGCUGGUGGUAUAGGAUGCAUAGGAGGACUUGGGUACUCGCCCAAGCAGCUGCAAGAGAUCAUAGACGAAUUAAAGGCCAAUCUGGCUGACCCGUCUCUGCCUUUCGGUGUCGACUUGGCUCUACCGCAGGUCGGUGGCUCCGCUCGAAAGACCAACCACGAUUACACCCAUGGCCAAUUGGACGACCUCAUUACUGUGACGAUCGAGUCCGGCGCGAAGAUCUUCAUUUCAGCAGUUGGUGUGCCACCAGAGCGUGUAAUCAAGAGGCUUCACGAAGCAGGUAUUUUUGUGAUGAACAUGGUUGGUGCGCCUAAACAUGCUGAAAAGGCCUUGAAAGCAGGAGUAGACAUCGUGUGCGCACAGGGUGGUGAAGGAGGCGGACAUACUGGUGACAUUUCGAACUCGGUACUGAUUCCCUCAGUAUGCGAUGUUGCAAAGAAAUACAAAUCGCCCUUGACUGGUGAACCAGCAUUGGUAGUCGCAGCUGGUGGCAUAUACGACGGUCGAGGUCUGGCAAGCUCGUUAAUGCAGGGUGCUGUAGGUGUUUGGGUAGGCACUCGAUUUGUCGCUGCUGAAGAGUCUGGUGCUUCGAGGUUACAUAAAGAGGCAGUGGUGUCGGCUACCUUCACAGAUACCUUGAGAACACUAGUCGUUUCUGGCCGACCUCUGAGAGUCAAGAUGAACGACUAUCUGGCCAAAUGGGAGGCUCAACCAGAGAAAAUCAGAGAGCUGUGUGACAAAGGUAUCGUGCCAUUAGCGCAAGAUAUGGAGAAUGAUGUCGAGGUUGAUCCACCCUUUCUCAUGGGUCAAGUUAGUGCCAUUAUCAAGGACAUCAAACCUGCUAAGGACAUUGUUGAGGAUAUGGUACGAGAAGCUGUAGCGCAACUCAAACAGGGUCAGACUUACAUGGAAGAUACGCCCAGAGCUAGGUUGUGA